AAGCUAGAGAGAGAGAGACAGAGAGAGAGAGAGAGGAGGAAGAAGAAAUGGAAGUAGAAUCGAUGGGUCUCGAGGGACUCGGCGAUCUGAUCCUCGAAACGAUCAUCUCCAAGCUCGAUCCGGAGAACGCAGCCUCGAUCGCCUGCGCCAGCACGAAGCUCAAAGCAGCUGCCUGCGAUGAGAAUCUCUGGCGAAUCUUCUGCGCUCGAGACUUCGACCUCGAUUCCCCUCUCGAUCCCGAGGGAAACCCUUGCCCCUCUUUCAAGGUGGCAUACAAAGUAUGGAUUAAAUCUUUUGGUAUGUAUCCUUUGCCUAUUGUAAAAAGAGUUAAGCAGCUUUGGAGUGCAAUCAAAAGCUGGAUGGCUGUUAACUUUCCCGAAGCCAAUGGAACUUUGAGGAAAGGUGCUUCUGAAGUUGAAAUAAGAAACGCAGAAGAAAGUCUAGGUAUAAGGUUGCCUACUGCAACAAAAGUUCUUUAUCGCUUCUGUGAUGGUCAGGAUACAAUUUGUCAUAGCACUGCUGAGCACAAGCGUCUCGCGCCUUUGGGCAUUAUAGGAGGUUAUGAGUUCUAUAACCAUGUGGUGAAUGUUCAUCUAUUGCCGUUAAGCCAAAUUAUCGAAGAGACUAAAGAUGUUGCAAUGCAAAUAGGCUUUUCUGUUAGAUCGAAAUACAUUAUAGUUGCAGCUUCCUACUAUUAUGAAAAGUGGUUUUUUCUCAAUUCUACCAAUAAACAACUUUAUGUCGGCACUAGGAACCUUUUAUCAGAUGGUGAGAUGUUACCAUGUGUACCUCAAGCACUACUCAGGCAAACUUCUGAUGUUAACAAUGAUAUGUCCCAAGAUGCAUUGUUGUUGUGGUUGGAAGAGCAUUGCAGACGCUUGCAAGGCGGCAUGAUUAAAACUCGGAUGCUACAUAAAAUGCGGACUAUAAGCUUAUACCCAGAAGCUCCUCCGGCCUGUUCAGUUGCAGUCACUAAUGGUGUUCAGGUCCGUGCUUCAGCUGUGUUUGUGCCUGAAAUGUCUGAUCUGAAUGGAGGGGAAGAAAAGUAUUAUUAUUCUUACUCCGUACGCUUGUCUCUACUUCCUGAUGGAUGUAUAUUGGAUGGUACAUACUACUCAUCUUGUCAGCUUUACUCAAGACAUUGGAUCAUCCGAUCCAAAGAUGUUGUCGUUUCAGACGUCAGUGGAGAAGCUGUCAUUGGAGAGUACCCUCUCCUUCUUCCGAAUGAAGAAGAGUUUGUGUAUGAAAGUUGCACACCAUUACCAGCGGCUCCUGGGUCUGUUGAAGGCUCUUUCACCUUUGUACCUGGCAGGUUGAGAAAGCCUGAAGGAAGACAGUUUGAUGUUAAAGUGGCACCUUUUCCACUGGAGGAACCUGGGUAUAUCUUUUGAUAGCUGGAUAAGUGCCAAACCCAGUGUGUAUAUAUCAUGUGGUUAUAAUAAUCAGCAAAUUGAAACUAGCUAGGUAUGGAAAAUGUUCAGUAGAUUAUGGUUCAAAAACUCUUGUUUGGUUUGAAAAUCGAAUGGAUGAGGGGUUUGCUUAA